AUGGCAAGCUCAGGAUCGAGUGCGGGGGAUGUUGGCCACGGUACCGCCGAUAUCCUUCAAGCUUUGAAAGCUAUUCAGGAGAACCAGGCAAAGUUGGCUGCUGAGGUUGAGUCCCUCUCCCAUAGGCUCGAUACUGUUGUGCCAUCUACAGUCAGCCCGACUUUGAAUGGGAAGUCACCGCCCGAGAGCAGCCUCCCCGCAGAAUCCUCAUUGCCCCAGCCUGCGUUGGCCACGUCGUCAAAAGAUGAGAGCUCUGCCGUGCGUAAGCAAGCAGAGAAAGCCGGGUUCACCUCUCGGAUUAUUCUCACAACAUAUCCCAAGCAAAUAGGCAUAAACCCCAUCCCCCUAAAUUGGGGCGCGCCAGGCCCUGAAAGAGGCCCAGUAGUUGUUUCUAGGGCAUCCUCUACCAUUCGAAAACGCAAUGCUAUCGGAGCACAUGGUGGCUCAUAUUCGAUUUAUUUUGCGCUUGCUGUUGCCAGUAAACAGCUUAACGUCAACCAUAAACCAGAUUUCACAAAUACCGAGCCAGCCGCGAAUAUUGGACCGUUUCCGCAAUGGUCUGACAAGGACAAAAUCGUAGCUAUGGACCCGUGGGGCCAUCUGGCUCCCUGGAUGUACAAAGAUAUUAUGCAGAAAGAGGACGUCGACAUUCGGCCAACAAUUGCCAUUACUAAAGCACACAUGAAGCUUCCGGAACUAGAAGACAGUGUCCGAAGUGGUAGAUUAGUACCCGAUGGGAAAGUUUGUCUGAAUAAGGCAGGAGAGCUUGCUGUGACGAAAUUUGCCGUUGAGCCGGUCUGGUACUUGCCAGGAGUAGCAGAACGAUUCGGCAUUGAUGAAGCUGUUCUUCGUCGCUCCCUCUUUGAGCACACUGGUGGUAGCUAUCCUGAGCUUAUUACCCGUGGCGAUAUCAAAGUCUUCCUCCCUCCGAUUGGCGGGCUGACGGUCUACUGCUUCGGAGACCCGGCGAAGAUGUCAGACGAGAACGUGAGAUUAUCCUUGCGAAUCCACGACGAGUGUAACGGCAGUGACGUAUUUGGAUCGGACAUCUGUACUUGCAGGCCUUACCUAAUUUUUGGUAUCGAGGAGGCUGUCAAAGAAGCUCAGAAUGGCGGCAGCGGAGUUGUCAUCUACUUCAGAAAGGAGGGGCGAGCUCUAGGCGAAGUGACAAAAGUGAUUGUGUAUAAUGCCCGGAAGCGCGGUGAAGAUCGCGCUUCGGACUAUUUCAAGCGAACCGAGAACAUUGCCGGAGUCAAGGACAUGAGAUUUCAAGCGCUCAUGCCCGACAUCCUUCAUUGGCUCGGUAUCAAAAAGAUUGACAGAAUGCUGAGCAUGAGCAACAUGAAGCAUGAUGCUAUUGUCGGACAAGGUAUUCCCAUCCACGAACGGGUAGAGCUACCCGAAGAGUUGAUCCCAGCAGAUUCGCGGGUCGAGAUAGAUGCAAAGAUCACUGCCGGGUAUUUCACGACGGGACACCGGAUGACCGAAGAAGAACUUCAGGCGGUUCAGGGACGGAUGUGGGAAGACAUCGAUCACUGAGAGAGGGGCCAAUGGGCUUUCGAGUUGGCUGGGUUCUUUUACGCCGAUGACCGAUGACCGUUGCAGUGGCUAGUGCACGCUACGGGUGGUUGGCAUACCAUAGCAUACUUCGUAUGUAUGUAGGCAUGCGAGCAGGUAGUGGGCAGCAGGGAUUGUGCCUCAUUACAUGCAUGGCGCCGCUAGAAAUCAGAUGGCUUCUUUGCUUGGUGAAUUAAGAGAUCGCCGCAUUCUGGCCACAUACUGACCACACUGCCUAUCUGGGAUCGUCAACGCAUUGCAGGUUUACAUUGCCUCUCGGAGGCAUGU